AUGUUAUCGCAAAUCUUUGUUGCGAGUUUACUGACUGGUGGCCUGCUUGCCUCUAACGUGGGAAAUGAGCUCUACAAUAGAAAAAAUGAGGAUGUUCCAAUCCAGGAACUCAGUCGUUAUUCUGAGUAUGCAGCGGCCACUUAUUGCAAUGCCAACACUCCAGCUGGGGACCCAGUGGCCUGCGAAGCCAAUUACGAUGAAGUGUUGAAGGAUGCAGGGACCAUAGUUCAAAGUUUCAACACUGGCCCGGCAUCAAACAGCGAUAUCGCUGGCUAUGUGGCCGUGGUCCCAUCUCGCAAGGUGAUCAUCUUCGCCGCCCGAGGUACAGCGUCUGACCAGAACUGGCAGACCAACCUGAACUUUGCUCUUGUCAACAGCCUCCUAGUCCCUGGCGGCGAAUUCCACCUAGGGUUUUAUAACGCUUGGAUAGAGCUCUCUACGGAUGCCCGUGCUGCAAUAGAUAAGGUGCAGGCCCUCCAUCCGGAUUUUCGUCUCAACGUAGUUGGACACUCUCUAGGAGGGGCCAUUGCGGCAGUCGCAGCAGCUCAUCUCCGAAUGACUACCUGUGCUGGUAAUUUGAACUUUCUCUGUAACACGAAUCCUUUCAUCAAAUAUGUUCCCGUUGAUCAUGGUGUAUAUUUUGGGAAGAUGAGCUGCUUCAAGAACGCGAUCGUUGACGCCGUUGAGACUAUUCCGGAAGGGAUUUCAAAAUUCGUUGAUGAUGAGAGGACUUAG